AGGCGCACGGCCCGGCCCGGGGGAGAGGGUCGCAAGAUGGCGGCGCUGAAGGAAGCUCGGGGCUACGGGCUGUCUUGCGGGCGGGUGAGCGACGGCAGCAAGGUGUCUGUCUUCCACGUGAAGCUCACCGACAGCGCUCUGAGGGCCUUCGAGAGCUACCGCGGCGGCCAGGAAUCUGUUGCUUUGAGACCAUCCAUCCGAUUUCAGGGAAGCCAAGGGCACAUCACAAUUCCCCGGCCUGGUUAUCCAACAGAAGUACGAACUUUCACAUUUUAUCUUUCAAAUAUUGGCAGGGAUAGCCCCCAAGGGAGCUUUGAUUGCAUCCAGCAAUAUGUGUCCAGCAAUGGAAAUGUCCAUCUGGACUGCCUGGGCAGUAUACAGGACAAGAUUACUGUGUGUGCCACUGAUGAUUCUUACCAAAAAGCCCGGCAAAGCAUGGCCCAAGCUGAGGAGGAGACCCGCAGCCGCAGUGCCAUUGUCAUUAAACCAGGAGUUCGUUAUAUCGGCAAAAAGGUUCAGUUCCGGAAGCCAGCCCCGGCCGCUGCAGACACUGUUCCCUCAAGGAAGCGCUCAACGCCAAUCAAUGUUGCCAAUGCCAUCAAGAAGAGCAGUAGUGGGAUUUCUCAGCAACCCUUCAGAGACAGGGUCAUUCAUUUACUGGCACUUAAGCCUUACAGGAAACCCGAGCUGAUCCUGAGGUUGCAAAAGGAUGGCCUUUUGCAGCAGGACAAGGACGUGCUGGACAGCCUCUUGCAGCAGGUUGCCAACUUGAGUGCCAAGGACAGCACAUACACAUUAAAAGAUUGCAUGUACAAGGAUGUUCAGAAGGACUGGCGUGGAUACUCAGAAGGAGAUCAGCAGUUACUAAAAAGAAUUCUUGUUAGGAAACUCUGUCAGCCACAGAACGUAGGUAGUGUUCCUGGAGACACACCUUCCUCAAGUCCACCACCGAAAGACCCUUUGAAUUCCUCAUCGCCUCCUCAGAAACGAUCUCAGCCACUGGAUUUCAUUGACCCGCUGGCAAAUAAGAAGCCAAGGAUAUCUCAUUGUACUCAAAGAACUCAGCCCACUUUCAAUGGGAAACUGAACUCUUCUAAUGGGAAGGAAGUCCCUUCUGCUCCUGGUCCAGCUUCUGUGGCCAAUUCAGUCAGCUCUAGCUCCCACCUCCCUGGCCUGGAGCUCCCCCAGCCUCACGACCCCCUCACUGAUGUCAGCAAUGACAUAUGUCACAAUGGCAGAGACUGUGAGAAUGCCGAGGCCUCUGAGAGCCUCAGUCUCCCUCUGCUGACAGACUGUCCCCAGACCAGCAAACACAGUUGUGCCUCAUGGCAUAUGAAAACCAAGAAGAAAUCCAAAAAGCACAAAGAAAAGGAGAAGCGAAGUGAGGAGAAACAUAGAGAAGAGAAGCAGGACUGUGAACUCAUGAAGAACUCCGAUACUAAGAUGAGUGGGGCUCUGCAGGAAGGCACAGGUUUAAAUGGAACAUGCAAUAAUUCUAGUGUUCCAACAUCAACUUCGGAAAUGCCGGAUUAUCUAUUAAAAUAUGCUGCCAUUUCCUCCUCGGAACAGCGUCAAAGUUAUAAGAACGAUUUUAACGCUGAAUACAACGAGUACCGAGAUUUGCACGCACGGAUAGAGAGAAUAACUCGACGGUUCACACAACUGGAUGCAGAGCUCAAACAGCUUUCCCAAGGUUCAGAAGAAUAUGAGACCACCCGCGGUCAGAUUUUACAAGAAUAUUGGAAAAUCAAAAAGACUAAUACUAACUACAGCCAAGAAAAGUACCGUUGUGAAUAUCUGCACAACAAACUGGCUCACAUCAAGAAACUGAUAGCAGAGUAUGACCAGCGGCAGCUGCAGCCUUGGCAGUGACCUGUGUGCUGGGGAGUGCCGGGCCUGGAUGGACUGGUGGCUGGCCGCAGCUCCCGAGCUGCCACUGGGCUCCACUGGCUCUUGCUGGGCCACUGGCAUUUCAAGCUUCCCCCUUUUGGGGUGUGUGGGGAACAGGGGAAAGUUUAAAGAAAAGAAAAAUGUAUCUAUUUAACAAAAAGUAGAUAAAUAAAAGGAAAACUCACUCAUUAACUUCCAGAGGAAAACGUGCAGGGGAACUCCAUGGUUUCCAUAGGUUUGAGUGAGUAGCAGGUUGUCAGCCCCUGGUUGGGCUGCUUAUGAUCCUCUGGUUCUUCUGCUUUCCCCCUCAGGGAAUGGGGGCACCACUGGGGGAUGCAUUUUGGGGGCCCAGUCACCAGCCUAAAAAGCAUCUUCUUUAUAUGCAAGCUGUCUGGGCGCCUUGCACAGGAUCAGCUCCUGAACCCCAUGGGUCGAGCAGGCGUCUCUCCAGCCAUCUCACUGGAUGGCUUCUCAGAGGGCCCAGGCCCAGGGCUCAGCUUCAUGUUUACUAUUGGAAAAUGCUUCUGCGGCCCCGGGCCUUGGGAGACCAGUCCCUGGAACGCCUCUCCUUUGGUGACCGGCACCUGUCUUCAGCCUGCAUCGUGCGUGCUGUCUCCACUGUCCCAGAGGACUCUGAGAUGUCUGUCCAACUUUUCUAGUUUUAUAUGAAGAUGGCCAAUUUUAUUCCUUGCUAAUGAGACGAUGGUCUAUUUUUGUAUGAGAGAAAAUGCAUCUUUUCUAAAUCCGUGCCUCUCCUCCCUUUUGGGCCAAUGGUCUGGAUCCCUUUCCUUUGUUCUAAUUGCAGUAUUACUAAAUCGAUAGAGGCAUUAUUAUUAUUAUUAUUGUUAUUAUUAUUAUUUUGGUGAUGCCCUGUAAAAAGAAAUGCAAGCAGCUGGAGGUAUAUUUAGAGUUGGGGGCUUUGGUUUUGACCCCUUCCAAAGAAGCGGCAGGCCCUCAGCUUUUGGAACAGAACGAGAUCUGGCUGAGAUCGAUUGAGUUGUCCCUCUCCCAAGAUCCUUGUUCCAGAUUCUGAACCCUGCCUUACAGGUCUUCAGGGAACCGCUGUGAGCUCAGCCCUGGGGGCAGGGCCCCCAAUGUAAGUCUCUGGGCUUACCUUCUUAAUUCCUUCCCUCUGUCUUUCUUUGAGUACCCCAAAGUAUUCCUUCUUCCAGUCUUUCACCUGCUUGGUGAGGGUUUCUUUGCACUAGAAAGUUCCUUCUCUAGGGGAAUCUGUUGCCUGGAAAUAGCCCCUCCUUUUCCUUUGUGUCCAGCUCAGUUCCCCCAACUCCCUCCCUCCCCAACCUGGCAUUGUACCAGAUAGCCACCUGAGAAGCUGCCCUCCUCCCUCUUCCCAUGUCCUCAGGCAUGCCUGCUUCACUGGGGCUGGCCUUCACUGUAGAUGGCUACUUAGCUAUUUUGGGAUUCAUUCAGAGUGGUAAUCUGCAUUCUCUAGUUUCCCCAGAUAGGAAACCUGCAUUAGCAGGAGCAUACCCUUCAGAUUGAAUGCAGUCAAAACUGAUAGUGGAUUUGUGUGUCGAGCCCUCUGGCUGUCUGAACAUUGAGACAGAGUGAACCUCUUCACAGUAAGCUCAACUUAACAGAAUGUCGAGAUUUGGCCUGGAUAUGAUUGAAAGGAGGGAGAUGCUGGAGUAUCCAGCAUCAUUGAACUGACAGUUGUUAGUGGAAGAGGCUGCUGCAUCUACCCAUCAAUAUCCUAGCCAAAUAAGCUUGCAAACAGUAUGCCAGAACAUCUGGCAGGCCACAGAGAACCAGAUAGGCAGAGGCAUCCUGAAGUUGGAGAAAGAUGUCUUUUCCCCCAGAUGGGCUUGCAUCGAGGUUCGCUCCAUGGCAGAUGGCUCAGCUUUGAGGACUUCAGACUACUUUCUUAGCACAAAUGAAUAGAAUUCACUGAAGUGUGAGGGAACUUCCCAGACAGGCAUUGUGGUGUUGAGAGGCCUUAUUUGAAAAUUUCAUGGAGACGACACCCC